GGAAAUAUUUUAGUCAUGCUGUCCAUCAAAGUAAACCGCCACCUACAAACUGUCAAUAACUAUUUCUUAUUUUCAUUAGCAUGCGCUGACUUGAUAAUCGGUGCUUUCAGCAUGAAUUUGUACACAGUCUACAUUAUCGUUGGCUAUUGGCCGCUUGGGCCGGUGGUGUGUGACUUGUGGCUAGCUUUAGAUUAUGUUGUCUCAAACGCUUCAGUGAUGAAUUUAUUGAUCAUCAGCUUUGAUCGCUAUUUCUGCGUGACAAAACCCCUCACAUAUCCGACAAGGAGGACAACAAAGAUGGCAGGGUUAAUGAUCGCGGCAGCAUGGAUCCUGUCGUUCAUCUUGUGGGCUCCCGCCAUCUUGUUCUGGCAGUUCAUCGUUGGACAGCGAACAGUGCCACCUGGAGAGUGUUAUAUUCAGUUCCUUUCGAACCCUGCAGCAACGUUUGGGACGGCUAUAGCAGCAUUCUAUCUUCCUGUCAUUAUUAUGACAGUCCUGUACAUCCACAUUUCCCUUGCCUCCAGGAGCAGGGUGUCCAAACACAAACCAGAGAAGAAGGAGAAGAAGGGAAUUAAAACUCCCAGCUUGAUGAAGAGUCAUCUGUUAAAGCAGAACAACAACAAUGAGACCAGUCCUCAGGCCAGUCCCCGCUCUACGCCCAAAGUCAGUCUAGACUCAACUACCACUGCGCUGGAGGCUGUGAAAAAUGGCAGAGUGGAGGAAUCAAAACCUGUUCAGCCACAGCCUCUAUCACAGCCCAGUCCAGGACUCACACAGGAAAAAGAGAGCUCCAACGAUUCGUCCACAGCUUUUAUUCCCCACACAGAACCAAAGGACAACGCCAACAACGAGGUGAUAUCUGAGGCUGCAACAAAUCCCAACCCAGAGGCCACAUCAACAGCCAAUCCUGCAGUAUCCAAGAUCACCUCCAACUCGAGGUGGUCCAAGAUAAAGAUUGUAACGAAGCAGGCCGGGGAUGAAUGCAUCACCGCUUUAGAGAUUGUCCCCCCCGUAGAGGGAGCCGAGAGGCAUUCAAUCCCAAUCAGCCGUCCUAGGACUGUGGCAAGAAAGUUUGCAAGCAUUGCUAGAAGCCAAGUGAAAAGGAAAAGACAGAUGGCUGCCAGAGAAAAGAAAGUGACCAAGACUAUCUUUGCCAUCCUGCUGGCUUUCAUCAUCACAUGGACACCGUAUAACGUCAUGGUGUUGAUCUCAACCUUCUGCCAGUCUUGUGUCCCUGACACUGUGUGGGCUAUUGGCUACUGGCUGUGUUAUGUCAACUCUACUAUCAACCCAGCUUGUUACGCACUGUGCAAUGCCACAUUCAAAAAGACGUUCAAGAACCUGUUGCUGUGCCAGUAUAAAAAUAUAGGUACAAGAUGAGAUGGAAGGAGAAGACUUAGGGUGGGAUGGAUAGGGAAGGGGUAAACAAAACAAGAAGCAGGGACAGAAGAAGGGAGAAAGGAAAUAUUGUUUAAAAGGUGAGUGGGAGAGGGCUGAAGGGAAAUGGAUGGCAUAACUUAGUUGAAGGGUUCCUUCUAAAGAGUAGAUACAUAUAUAGGGGAUGAGUAACUGUGGUUUAUUCUGCAAAUGAAUGCCAUUGGUACAUAUAGAUUCAGAUCGAAAUGUGAGUGUAAACCAGUGAUUCUUUAACCUGACCAGUUUAAUGAUAUGACAGUUGUGUUUCCAAUAUACACUACAGGAGUUCAGGAAUAGUUUCACCACCCAUUAAAAAUUAUGUGUCACUGCCGUUAAUUAUAGCAGCAACUCAAGCCAUGGCUACAGUCAUUAUCACAGCUACAUUCUGUCACAAUCACAGCAAAGGCAGCAGCCAGUGCAAUAUAGCUAUGUUAACAAAAAUAGUAACUAGCGAAGACUAGUUAUCUAAAAUUAGCUGUAAUGAUAUAAACUUGCAGCUGAGCCACAGCUGAAAGUGUGCAUACUUGCACUCAAUUAUAAAUCAAACAUAAUACAUAAUAGUAUGCCAUAUCAUAAUGUAUCCAUGCUGUAUGCACGUUAGAACUCAGCCAUCCAUGGAUCAGAGGGAAUGCAUAAGGUAUUGCAAGGUACAGUAGCUCAAAAUCUAUUGCAAAGGAAUGCAAAAGUAGGUCAGAAAAAACAAAAUUUUCCCUGUGAGCUUUUGGUGGUCAUUUUCAUUUAAGUGUAGGGCAGCUUCUUGGAAAGAAAUCUUAUUGUGGUGAUCUUUUAUGAAUUUUAUCUGAUUUCAUUAUUGUAUAUAAAUGUUUAAAAACUCUGAUUCUGACUGACAGCCCAAAUUAUGCAAUUGAUUCUGAUACCAUAGAUCAUAGAUGCCAUAAAACUGAAGAAAAGGAAAUUAAAAUAUGAAUAAAUGAGAUCUACAUACAGAGGAGAGGAGGGAUGACUGGGAGACUUUGACUGUGACUGAGGACAAAGCAAAAGUGGAGGAGUAGGGUAAGUUGUUAUGGUGGAGGAUAGAGGAGAAGGUAGCAGCAGUAUGAGGUAAAUACAAGUAGCAUACCACACUGUGGCAGCCAUGUUGUGAAGGUCUUUAACUUAUGACUUAUACUUAUAACAAUAGCAGCUAAUUAUGUUUCUAAAGAAACUUUAAUUAUUUACAACUUGACCACCUCAUUAAUUGUAGUACUUCUCCCUAUUUAAGAUGUAGUAGUGAUUUUCUCCUAUUACCCAUGUGAUCAGUUUGUGUUUUGGUCAUUCCAGGUCAUACGCCAUCAAAUAACAAUCUGGUUUGACAAACGUCAAGAUCUUGCUGACCUAGAUUAUCAUCUUCUGAUGUAUGU